CUCAGUUAUCAACUAGAUAUCUAUUUGAGAAUAGUAGCAUUGUGUCGAGCUUUCAAUUGAAAGGCGGCCGGCUUUUGCAUGUGAUAUUAUUUAAGUGUUGAUUAUUUCGAUAUUUUAUAAAAAUGGAAGUUCUUCCCAUCAGUCAACAACAUCUGGAAUAUCAGAAUCAGAGCAGAUAUUACAAUCCCAGUGCAACGUCAGAAGAACUAACACACGAAAAUACAGUGAUGAUACUUUCGAAAAAGUUGGAAGAUGAAAUUCGCGCUGCUAAACGGACACAUCUAUUAUGUGGGGAAGUUCUGUUACCUUGUGGACUACUUCAAAAGAUCUCAGAAGAUAUUUUAAAUAUCGCCGAUUCGGAGUUGUGUGGUAUUAGGGGGUGUACGCUGUAUCUUUUGUUCGAGGGUGAGGAGGAUUGCAGGAGGCUCAGCACUUUGAAAAUAGAUCCAACGAUACCAUCUACCUUCGAGCUGUACCUUACUUUCAAGCAAGCUAACGGAGGUUGGGGAUUUUUGCCACAGUUCCUCAAGUAAAAAAAUAACAGGAGGAGGAACAGUGGUUAUUAGUACCGAAUACGAACUGACUAAAAAGAAAUUAUAUCGCCCCAAAUCAUCUUAAACCACGAAUUUGACUGAAUGUAAAACGAAAAAGUCGAUUAACAUUAAGUUUUCUAUUUUUAUAGAUGUAAAAAUAUUGAAAAAUUUAAUAAGCGAUGCGUGAUGUUAGGUUUAGUUGUUUUUAAAAAAUAUUUUGACAGUAUUUUCUAUUUAUCUUCGUUUGAAGAUGUUGAUUCGUUUCAUAUUAAAGCGAGAAUAUUAUAUCAGUGAAAGUGAGAAUUGUUUGAUUUGAAUUAUUGUUUCUGGAAAUGUUUAAAGAUCAUGAGUGAUAUUUGCCAUCCUUAAAAUUAUACAUUAUAAUAAUGUAUAUGUUGAUAUGACAUCGUACCUGUACUUACAUUUGUUUAAAAGUAUUGUGUAGAGAAUAAUUUAAGAAGUUGAAAUUUGCUUUUUUAAUUUUUUUUGUUCUUGUGAUAAUAGAUUAGUGUUUGUGAAAGAAUGAUACAAAACAUGCAUGACCGUACAAAUUUUAAUAAACAUGUAUGUUUUUAAAUUAUGUAAAAUAUUUAAGAGGCUAUAACAUUUAGAUUUUAAGGAUAUUUUAUAUAAGUUUUUAUAAAUUGUAGAUUUUAGAAUGUUGUAGUACCAUGGCAAUUCGAUGUGAUAGUACAGAUUGUACAAGUCUCAUGCUUGAAUACUACUUAUUCUACAGUGAUCAUCAUCAUUAAAAAAGAUUUUUUAUAAA